AAGAAGAAGGAGGAGGAGGAGGAGGAGAAGAAUAUGGAGGAGGAAAAGAAGAAGGAGGAGGAGGAUAAGGAACCAAUUCGAGGGGAAGUAGAUGAUAAUGAUAAUAGUGGUUUUUAUGAUGACCAGUAUUCAGAGUCAAAUAGUGAUUCAGAUGAUUAUGAUGAAAAGAAGAAGAAAAGUGAAGAAAAGGUGGUGGGAGCAGGAAAAACAGAUGAUGAUAAUACUGAUGAUAAUGCUGGUUUUUAUGAAGAUCAGUAUUCAGAGUCGAAUAAUGAUGAUGAUGAUGAUGGUGAGGAAGGAGAGAAGAAAGUGGGGGAAGAGAAUGGAAAAGAUUAUGACGAUGAUUCAUACGAUAAUCAUGAUGAUAAUGAUAAGAGGGAGAAGGAGAAGGGAGAUGGGGAGGAAGAAAACGAAAAAAAGAAAGCGGAUGAGGAUAAGAAUAAGGAGGAGGUGGAAAAGGAAGCAGAGAAGAAGAAGGAGGAGAGUAAUAACAAUGAGCAGGAGAAGCCAGAGGAGGUGGAAGCAAUUGGGGGAGAGGCAGAUAGUGAUGAUAAUAUUGGUUUUUAUGAUGAUCAGUAUUCAGAGUCAAAUAAUGAUUCAGAUGAUAAUGAUGAUGAUGAUGAUGAUGAGGAAGGAGAGAAGGAGGUGGGGGAAGAGAAUGGAAAAGAUUAUGAUUCAUACGAUAAUCAUGAUGGUAAUGAUAAGAGGGAGAAGGAGAAUGGAGAUGGGGAGGAAGAAAAUGAAAAGAAGAAAGGGGAUGAGGAUAAGAAUAAGGAGGAGGUGAAAAAGGAGGCAGAGAAGGUGGAAGCGAUUGGGGGAGAGGCAGAUGAUGAUGAUAAUAUUGGUUUUUAUGAUGAUCAGUAUUCAGAGUCAAAUAACGAUUCAGCUGAGAUGAGUGAAGACGAGGUGGUGGUAACAAGGGAAAAAGAGGAGGAGGUUUCAAAAAAUCAUAAUGAUGAGGAAAAGGAGAAGGAAGAUGAGGAAGAGGAGAAGGAAGAGAAAAAGGAAAAGAAAGAGGAAGAGGAAGAGAAAAAGGAGAAGGAA